CCGUGCGCCCGUCAUGGAGUCGCAGAAAGAGGCGCGAACCCUCCCCGAGAUGGCCGCGCGGCCGCCGGAGGCCUCAAGGUCUCAGAUGCCGAACGAGGAAGAGCAGCAGGAGGACGGCAUAGCGCCGGCUGCGGCUGCCCUGGACGCAGAGGCGGACGGCGCUGGUGCUGACGGGCUGUGGGAGCUGCCAGUGGAACCGGUGGAGCGGAGGCCCGAGUGCAGCCGCUGCAGCCGGCCUCAGAAAGUGUGCCUGUGUCCAUAUUUACCAGUGCACCCUCUGAAUAUCUCUACCCACUUGUAUAUAAUUCAGCAUCCAGCAGAGGAAAACAAAGUCUUGCGGACAGUUCCUCUCUUAGCAGCAUGCCUUCCCCAGGACAGGUGUAAAGUAAAGAUUGGUCGUCGCUUCAGUGAAGAAAGAGAUCCUGAACUUUCGACUGUUUGUCGGAACUCCGGUACAUUAAUAUUAUAUCCAGGUGCUGAUGCUGUUAAUUUGGAAGAAUUUAUAUUAGAUUCUCCUGUUUAUCCUUCCACAAUCAUCAUUAUUGAUGGUACAUGGAGCCAGGCUAAGGACAUUUUCUAUAAGAAUUCCUUGUUCCGACUUCCCAAACAGGUGCAGUUAAAAACUAGCAUUUCUAGCCAGUAUGUAAUUCGUAUGCAACCAACAAACAGGUGCCUUUCUACACUGGAGUGUGCAGCUGUUGCUCUUUCCAUCCUGGAAAAGAACAGUUAUAUACAAGAGACUUUGCUUCGCCCUCUUCGAGCUUUAUGUUCUUUCCAGCUCCAGCAUGGUGCUCAAAUACGCCUCAGCAAGGAACACCUUCUGAAAAAUGGAUUAUAUCCUAAGCCAUUGCCAAAGAACAAACGUAAACUCAGGAAAAUGGAACUGUUAAUGAAUAGCGUUAAAAUUUAGCACAAUUGUUCUUAUGGUGCUAGUUGACCUGAUUUCAUCUGACAAUACCCAGUUAAGUGUUCAUUCAGUUUAGGUCUAUGGGUUUUUGGCUCUCUAAAGAAGAGAGCCAGAUCUCCCCAGAAGAAAGAAGUAAACCAAAUAGCCAUCAAAAUAACAACAACAAAAUAAUAACAACAAAAAACUUCACUGACUCAGCAAAAAAAUGUCAGACUGUAUUUGUUUUUAAAAAUGUGCCUCUAAGACAUUUUUUUAAAUCCAUAAUUUAAAAUAUGGUUACUUGUUGAGCUGGGUUAGAGGUUUUUAGUAUAAAAUGGAAGGAAGUUGUUGUAAUUGGAACAGUAUUAUUUCUGUUAAUGUUUAUGGAUUAUUAGGUGUGGAGCAAUAAUAGACCUAUGUCAAUUUACAAUCACGUACCUGAACUUUAUAGUUUAAAAUAAGCAGCAAAAGAAAAUAGUUUAGAUUCAACUUAUUUAUUUUAUAAAAUAGUAUAAAAGAAUAAAGAAACUGUAAGUAUUCUUUAGGGGCUAAACUUGACCUCAGCUUACGUGAUUUAAGUUUCUGUUGAUUUCCAUAAUUUUUAAAGAGGUGCAUGUAAUUUUGAAAUCACAUAAAUUUUCAUUUGUAAUUAACCUGGAUAAGUUUUGAUUUUUUUGUUGUAUUCAUCUGUAUAAGUUUUUUGAAUAUUCAUCAAAUAGUUUAUUGAUUGUAGUAAACUGCUGUUAUUGAAGUUUUUAUGUAGAAAAUAGGUAAAAUAUAAUACAGCUGUUAUUUUGAGAACAUAUUUCUGUAAGUAGUCCUAUUUAAUUUAAAUCUUUUUUAAUGGGAAAAAACUUAAUUUGAGAGAACAAAUUCCCCCUGCCCAGUUGGGAACAUGUUUACUAAGAUUUUGUACCAAAGAAGAAACAUGUAUGUAAUGUAUAUUUAUAUCCAACUUAAAUCGACUGCAGUUAUAUGCAAAUUUUCAUAAGAAAUGGGGACUUUGUUUUGGUCUUUUUUGUGAUUUCUAGAGUUUCCUGUAUUUGGUGUUAAGUUGUAAGGAAAAGCUAAACAUGUAUUUGUAUGUAAGCUUGAUAAAAUUUUUGUGUGUAUGUGAGAAACAUGAGCAUCCACCAGAGGUUGUUUUUGACAGUUUUAAUGUUUAUUAUUUGUUUAUUAUUGCCGUGGAUUAGACCCUUAUUAAAAAGCUACAAUGCUGGUCACAGUUAAAAUGAUACUAUUUGGGGAAACU